AGUAAUUUGCACAGAUAUUUGUACGGUCCAUGGAAUGAUAAAGAGUACUUAUUAAAGUUGUUCUUUACUGUAGUGGAAAUACGUUAGAAUUAGUGCGUACUGCUUGGGAUCACAGAAAGUAUGGUACUUCAGGUGUAGCUGGCUGUUCUCAUAAGUCCUCAUAAGCUCUGCACUAUUUUACAGCGUUAGACUGAGACUCGAUAUUUAACCAUACACAUUAAGCUGGCAGUGCAACUGCAGAGUUUUGUAAAUAUGCCGGUCUAAAAAAAGAGGACUUAGUGUAGAAGAGAAGAGAACGCGUAUGAUGGAAAUAUUUUUUGAAACCAAAGAUGUGUUCCAGUUGAAAGACCUUGAGAAAAUAGCCCCAAAAGAAAAAGGCAUCACAUCAAUGUCUGUGAAGGAGAUUUUGCAAAGCUUGGUGGAUGAUGGACUGGUAGACUCUGAGCGUAUAGGAACCUCAAAUUACUUUUGGGCUUUCCCCAGCAAGGCUCUUCAUGCCCGCAAAAGAAAACUGGAGACUUUGGAAUCCCAGUUUACAGAAGUGAAGCAGAAAAGGGAGAAUUUGCAGCAGUCUGUUGACAAGGCCAGAGUUGGUCGUCAAGAUACGGAGGAGAGAUCUAAAUUAGCAGAGGAGCUGGCAUCUCGAAGACACAGGAAAGAAGAGCUGUGUGCGGAACUUGAGAAGUACAAGGAAUGUGACCCAGAUGUUAUUGAAGAGAUUCGCCAGUCAAAUAAAGUUGCAAAAGAUGCAGUAAACCGCUGGACAGAUAAUAUAUUUGCAGUAAAAUCAUGGGCCAAGAAAAAAUUUGGGUUUGAAGAACGUCAGAUUGAUAAGAACUUUGGCAUCCCUGAAGAUUUUGAUUACAUUGAUUAAAAUGUUAACCAUCCUUUUUAUGCUUAGAAAUAUGCUUUUCUCAAUUGAAUGGAUUUUAUAGGUGUUUAUUUAUGGUAAAUGUUAAAAAAUACAUUUUUCAAUUGUUGCGAUAGUAUCACUAUAAAUUCAUUUGAAGAGACAGACUGCUUAGCGUUUUAAAGGAACCACAGGGGUCUGAUCAGUGCCGGGCCAAGUCAAGAGGGUGCCCAAUCAAGGAGUCAAAUCAUUAACUUGGAGGGCUGGUGCAUCUUUCCUAAAAACACACACAUAUUUUUAAUUUAAAAAAAAAAAAAAAAAAAAAUAUUGACUUGUUUCAUGUUCAGUUGCCUACUGGGCAGACUGUUACCAAAUGUAUUUACCGAGCAUAAACCUUCCGAGUUAAGUGCACUGCAUAGUUGAAUAAUUGAAAAAGUGCAAGCUCAUUGUUCAGUUAACAUGCCCUGGCACGCCACACCUGACUGGAAUGGGCCCCCGAUACUUUUCCUUUACAGGCUACCUGGGUCCUAUAUAUAUUCUUUAUUAUUUUUUUUUUGCCAUUAAAAAAAUUGGUAAUUGCUGUUACACAAGAUACCAAGGCUAAUGUAGCCUUUUAGUUUCCUGUUAUUCAGUGAAUUGCUAGAGGGUUAUUCACUGUGUCGUCGUUGUAGCCAUCAGCUAUACAGGCUCUGUACAAUUAUAUGCUGUAUUGUUAAAACCACAGUUGUUAUUUUAGAAAAUGAAAUUUCCUUUUCUUUAACAUUGAACAUUGUCAGCUUCAUUACAAGGUAAGGUGGACCCUGACCACGACUUAUUUGUUGUGUAUGCUAAAAAUGUUUUGUGAUUCUAAACUAAUACUAUAAAUAUUUAAAUGCCUACACAGCACUUACAUAGUGCCCUUUAAAUCUUUGUAUAUAUUGUAAAACCCCUGUCAUGAAGGUACUUAUAUAUAAUAGGCAUGCAUAAAAUACACACAUGCUAAAUUGAGAAUUGUAAACAUUGCUGUUGUAAAAAAAAAUAUUUACACACUCAGCGUAUGAGAGAUGUGUCAGAAAGUGGAAACUGCAGACAGGCUGACUGGAGCCCAUUUCCUGGGUAACACCAGUAACAACCAGUGGUUGAUGGUUUUCUGAGUGAAUGGAGAAGAGAAGCUUGUACAUAUAGCAUAGAUUAUUCCUAUUCUCAUCUGCUGACCCUGAAAGCGAGCAUGGGAGAUGUUAUGUAACAGGCCAGUGAUCAUGGCAGACAAUAACAAGCCUGAGGUCAGUGUAGACAACAAACAAAAGGCAAAGUCCAGUGAACAGGACUUAGGGCAGGCAGUCGACAAUAGGCGAAGUCCAAUAAACAGGGAAACCACAGAAAUGCAUGUACAACACAGGAACUCAGGCUAGAUCAGAGCUGAACAGCUUGACCUUUAGUUUGUUAAAGAAUAUCAUAUUAAAAGUAACUUUUAUGUUG